AUGCCGUCUGACCGGGCGAGAUUCCAGUAUACUCGCUCCAUCGGUAAGGAGACGAUUCGUCUUGUACGUAUCCUGGGCCACCGGGAGAACGAGAAUGGCCCGUUGCGACUUGCACUCGAGGAAUACGCCAUCGCCAACCUUCCCGCAUACCGGGCUCUGUCUUACACCUGGGGGCCUCCCGCAUCCGACGAAUCUCCAGAGGGCGACUUGGUGACAGUCCUCCUCGAGGACCACGACUUUGAUGUGUUCUCGAACCUGCACGAUGCGUUGCUCUGGAUGCGAGCGCGCGGGUCAUGCGACCUGUACUGGAUCGACGCCAUCAGCAUCAACCAGGCCGACGACGUCGAGCGGGGUGUACAGGUCAGUAUAAUGGAUCACAUCUACAAGCUGGCGGUCCGGGUGGAUAUAUGGCUUGGCACCGUGACCGAGGAGCACCGCCCGGCCGAGGUCUCGCGGUUGGUUCACACGAUGGCCGCCAACGCCGGGAAGGAGUGUCUGUCUAAACCAGGGAAGCACGAUUUCGACCCCGGUGCGCUGCGGAGAUACGGUUUGCAGGACGUGCCUGACGCCGUCUGGUACGCAUUCGUUGCCUUCUUUGACCGCAAGUGGUUCAGCCGCGUCUGGGUCGUCCAGGAGGUGGCCUUGUCCAAGGAUGCGUGCGUCCUCUGGGGCGACGACGUGAUACCUUGGGAGACGGUGGCCCUCUGCACGGAUUUCUUGUUCGACAGCCAUCUGUACGAACAGCUCUCGGAGGUUUUGUACGACAACAACCCCACGACCAAGGACGUCCAUGUCGGCAGCAAUUCGGCAGGCAUCGUCUCGAUCCAGAGGUGUGGCCACGACGCACUUGGGACGUGGGACAGCGUGACGCUGGAUCACAUCAUUGGCGCAUCAGGUAGCGGAAGCGGAGGUCGCACAGUCACGACGGGAGGGGCACUGCUCUUCCUCAUGCUCCACUUGACCAUCGGAGUCGAGGCGAGCGACCCCAGAGACCAGGUCUUCGGCCUCCUCGGUAUUCUCAACUUGCUCCUGGACACGGGGGGACGGCCGAGGACAGGGCUAGAGCCCAAUUACUGCAAAGAUUCGACGGCCGUCAAGGUGUACACGGAAACGGCCAUGUUCAUCAUGGAGGAGUGCGGCAACCUCGCGCUGCUGACGGGGGUGGCCGACGAUGCGGACAGGCGGGUCAAGGGACUGCCAUCAUGGGUGCCGGAUUUCUCGGCAAACGGACCGUCGAUGUUCCUAGGGGUGCGGUGGCCGACCGGCGUACCCUACUUCAAUGCCUGCGGGUCGGCGCGAGCAGACUACGGUGUGGUCGACGGCGGGCUCCUCCACGUCAGAGGAUUCUGCGUCGGCACGGUUUCUCUCGUGGGCACGGUGUACUCGGAGCUCGCGGCCAGCGGAAGCUUCGCGCAGUGGGCCGACUUCUUGCUGCAAUGCGACCCAGUGUACAAGCCCACGCGGCAGUGCCGCGUAGAAGCCUUCUGGCGGACGUUGAUCGCGGACCGGGACGGGUCCAAGCACCCGGCGCCUAGUGACUUGCGAAAGGCGUUCCGGCACUGGAUCACGGAUCACGUGGUAUGGGAAGUGUACUGCGGGUUGAAAAAGGGGGCGGAUGUGGGAGAGUAUGUCGGUCGAUUGGAGAGCAUUCGAAAGCUCGCGAGGUCGGAUACCAGCAAGACGGUGCCGUCGUGCGACAAGAUCAUGGCAUAUGCCAAGCAGCUACAAGAGUGCGACGAGAAGGAUGAAGUGGACAGUAUGUUGGACAGUUUCAAGCAUCGCUGCCAGGCCUACAUCAACCUCGCAUUCGAGACACUCUGGGAGAGGCGACCGUUUUUGACGGACAGUGGGUAUCUCGGGCUCGGAGGCCGGUCGAUGGAGGAGGGGGAUGGUGUCUGGGUAGUGGCCGGAUGCCCGUCGCCUCUCGUGAUGCGUGAGGUGCCAGUUUCGUCCAUCUCGGGACCAUUUUGUUAUCGAUUGGUCGGAGAGGCAUACCUGCAUGGCAUCAUGCACGGGGAAGCGGUUGACGAGGAUGUGCAGUGGGAGGACAUCUGCAUCCAAUGA